UCAAAUAUUAAAUCUGUACUGAGUAAUUGUAUUCGACGACCAUUUCCUGUUGGCGAAGAUGCAUCAAUAAUAUUUUUGUCUAUUUAUCGCUCGAUGUUGAUCGAUUACGAAAUGCUGUCAGUCGUACACUCUCAUUGUGGCCAAUUUUAACUGGUCGUAUUCUUGUUGGUAAUGAUGAUCAAUAUUUGAUUGAAUUUACCGACAAUUCUAUUCCAUUUACUUAUACUGAAAAUGAUCAUCUUGAACGAUGGCCAGAGCUUCCUGUUGUCGUUGAUGAUAUGACAUUCAUUCAACCAUUUAUUGAUUCAGUUCAAUAUAAACCUGAAGUUACCCAUUUUUGA